GGGCGCGCGGGAAUGCCUGCGUUGGGAGCUGUAGGGCGGUGGGAAUGGGAGAAUGCCACCGCCGGCGCGAUUGCUGGAUUUGCAACAGUUACUGCUCUGCACCCGCUCGAUGUCGUCCGUACCAGGUUUCAAGUUAACGACGGUCGAUUCUCCAAUCUCCCAUCGUUCAAGAACACCGGACAUGCUAUCUUCUCGAUAGCUCGAACGGAGGGUUUGAAGGGCCUUUAUGCAGGUUUCUAUCCAGCAGUUCUAGGUUCAACUGUUUCUUGGGGUUUAUAUUUUUUCUUCUAUAGCAGAGCCAAACAUAGGUACUCUAAAGGAAGUGAGGAGAAGCUGAGCCCUGGUCUUCAUCUUGUUUCAGCUGCAGAAGCAGGUGCUAUGGUAUGCUUGCUCACAAAUCCUAUUUGGCUUGUAAAGACAAGAUUGCAGCUACAGAAUCUUCUUCAUAAAACUCGGCCUUAUUCUGGGUUUUAUGAUGCAUUCAGAACCAUAUUGAAAGAGGAAGGAUGGCUUGCACUGUAUAGGGGGAUUGGGCCUGGCCUUUUGCUUGUUUCUCAUGGUGCUAUACAGUUCACUGUGUAUGAGGAGUUUCGUAAAGUUAUAGUUGGUCUUAGGUGUGAAGAAGGCAAAAGAAGUCUCCAUAAUGGUGAUAAAAUUCUGAAUAACGUUGAUUAUGCUGUGCUUGGGGCAUCUUCUAAACUUGCUGCAAUUCUUUUGACAUAUCCUUAUCAGGUCAUUCGAGCAAGGCUACAGCAACGUCCCAACAUUGAUGGAAUACCACGAUAUGUGGAUAGCUGGCAUGUUGUUAAGGAAACUGCUCGGUUCGAGGGUCUUAAUGGGUUUUACCGGGGUAUCACAUCAAACCUGCUGAAAAAUCUCCCGGCUGCUUCAAUAACAUUUGUUGUUUAUGAGAAUGUUCUGAAGCUCCUCAAACGAGUAAGAAGAACAACUGAGGUGUGAAGUCCCCCCCCCCCCACCCCUUCCUCGUCUCAGAGAGAGAGAGAGAGAGAGAGAGAGAGAUUGGAGG